AUGACGAAUCAGUUAUGCAAGAAAUCUCGGAGAAAUUAUGGGGAGGAAAAGACUGAAUUCACACUGAAAGGCAUGACUAACGAACAGACAAUACCCAUUCAGCAAGCGAUAAAGAUGCCUUUAAAUGAUGUAGGCUUUCGAAAAGCGGCACAUCUGAAAUGUGGACCUAUAAGAUAUCGUAAUUCUUUCCAAAACAUUCCAGAUAAUAACUGGAACAUGAAUGAUUUAGGUGCCGGCACUUUUUAUCAGUUGGAAUUUGAUACUCAGCUGCCACCAGUGCGAGACAAAACUGCAGUGGAUAUCUGA